UGCUUCUGUGUUUACCAUUUACCACGGAGGAAAAAAAUCGUGUAACGUAAUUUUUUUUUCUCUCAUAAAAUUCUUCCAUUCAAUUCAUUGAAAGAUAUACUUGUUGAUUUAACACAACAACAGAAUUGUUUAUUUUCUUUUGUUGUUUUUUUUUGCUUUUCUCUUUGCAUCAAACAAAAGGUGACAAAAUAAUAAAAAAAAAUGUCUACUACUACUAAUACUACUAUGGUAAAUGACCAACAAAAAAACAAUAACAAUGAUGAUGAUAUUAAUGUUAUUAUUGUCAAUGAUGAUGAUGAUGAACAUCCAAGAAAAUUGAUACCAAAACUUUGUAGACAAAUGUAUCAACUUGGUUGGGUAACCGGUACCGGUGGUGGUAUGUCGAUUCGCAUGAAUGAUGAUAUUUACAUUGCACCAUCGGGCGUACAAAAAGAAUGCAUCAAACCAGAACAUUUAUUCGUAUUGGAUAUCGAUGGUAAUGUCAAAAAUUUACCACCAAAUGAAUUAUGUUUAAAACAAAGUGAAUGUACACCAUUAUUUUUGGCUGCAUAUAAACAACGUAAUGCUGGUGCCGUCAUACAUAGCCAUUCAAUAUCGGCCGUUUUAGCUACAAUCAUAACGGAUGGUAAUGAAUUUUGUGUUAGCCAUCAAGAAAUGAUUAAAGGUAUAAAACGUGGUACAACCAAUGAAAAUUAUCGUUAUGAUCAGACAUUAAUCGUACCGAUUAUUGAUAAUACACCAUUUGAACGUGAUUUAACUAAUCAAUUGGAAAUGGUUAUGGUUAAAUAUCCGGAUACAAAUGCUGUACUUGUACGUCGUCAUGGUGUUUACAUUUGGGGUAGUACAUGGAAACAGGCAAAAACAAUGGCCGAAUGUUAUGAUUAUUUAUUCAAUUAUGUUGUACAAUUGAAACAAUUCGGAAUAGAUCCGGUUAUAUUAUCAUCAACAAAUGGUUGUUCAUCAAACAAAUGAAUUGAAUUGAAACUUUUGAUUUUCUAUGGAUAAAUAACAUACAUAACAAAGUGCAUAAUAAUCAAAUUAGCUCAUGUAGAUUUUUUUGUUUUGUUUCUUCUAAAAAUAAUAAUAUUACACUUUUUCUCUCAACAAUAAAAUAACAAAAUCAAAUUGACCAAAAUAUUAUUCAAUCUUAUGUUGUUCAUUAUGUGUCUGUGUUGCUUAUUGUAUUUGAUGAUACUUGUAUUGUAAUAUAAAUGAUGAUGGCUAUAAAAAUAUACCUUUAAAUAGAUUCAAUUAUGAAAAUCAAUAAAAGAAAAAAAAAAAAAAGUAAACAACAAAUAUUCCGAAAAAAAAACAAAUCCACAAUGAUUGAUGGCUGCUAUGUUUGUCCAUUUCAUGUGUUUAUAAUGCAAAUUGAUAUGACCAAUAAUAUGAUAUGAUGAGAAAGAAACAAUUGAAUCAAUUUACACAAUCCAUGAGUAUACACACACACACACAUCGAUUAUUAUCUAAUCAUAUAUAUCAUGGAAAAUGUGUUUCAUAAAACAAUGAGAAUUUUAAAUCGACGCCUACUAAAAAUUCGUGUCUUGCUAAUUUUCAUUUCCAUAAACAGUGGGCAAGAAAAAAAAGAGACCGAAAAAAAAAAAAAACUUUUAAAAUCAUCAUCAUCAUAUCAUUUUAAUCCUGAAAAAAAAUAAAUGUCUUUAAAGGUUAAUCUUUGAAAAGAAGAACAACAACAAAAAAAAACGAAAUGUUUAAAAAUAUACCUAAAAAGUAUCCAG